AUGGUAUCGCAAAAUCCCAUCAGCCAUGGCGGAUCUUCGAAUGCGCUCGUUCGCGAAGGCCUAUGUCUCCUAUUACUGGACGGUGGAGGUGUCCCAGGACUAUUGUCGGUGUAUAUCCUGAAGGCAAUCAUGGAUCGCCUGAACACUGGAAGGAGAGAUUCGCACAAAGUGAAACCGCUUACUGUGAUCAUGCUUGGGCAGCUCGAAAUGGGCGAGGGCGGAUGCAUCGACAUAUAUUGCAGAGUUUUCAAUAAAGUCUUUAACGAAAAGAAACAUUUCACCCUUAUGAACAUAAGUGGCAAGAUUCAGGCGCGAUUCGAUUCGGACAAGCUUGAAAAGAUAAUCAAAGAGAUAAUUUCAAGGAAAGGGAUACCUGAGAAUUAUUUGCUUGAUGAUGGUGAAAAGCAAGGAUGUCAUGUGUACGUGACUCCAUACAACGUCUAUACAAUGGGAAGCUCUACUCUAACAUACAUCAGCUUUCUUAUUGACAAAUCGAAUGUCUCGGCUACUAUCUGCCAAGCAGCUCUUGCAACUUCGGCAGCGACAACGUUCCUCAAUCAAGUCACCAUUGAUGACCGUGCCUUUGCCGAUGAUACCCUGGGAGCAAAUAACCCCGUGAGCGAUGUAGUAGCGGAAGCGUCCAAGAUCUGGUGCAUUGGAUACCCUGGAAUACGGCCUUUUGAAGAUUGGCUUCUGAAGUUUCUGGGGGAUACUCUUGUACAGCUUGCUACCGCCACAGAGAACAAAUGGAGGGAAUUUAUCGGUUUUUAG